AAAAUAUUCACAAAUUUAUGGAAGAUGUAGUCAUACCUAAAAAAGAUCGAUUGAAGUGUCAACAGAUAAAAAGCCAAAUAUCAAAUAAAUUAGCAAAACAGGAAACAGGAUUGGAAUUGGAAUUUUCAGAAAACAGAACAAAAUCGAAAAUUUCACAUUCUUCUCAGAAAAUCCAUCAAUUAGGAAUGGAAACACAAUCCAUUUCGUUAAUCAGGCUGCUUGAAUUUAAAUCCGAAUUUUUAAUUUCUACGUUUAAAUUUAUUCAGGAAAAUAGGAAUGUUCCUAGUGAUGUAAUCGUAAUUCAGUCAGUCAUUCGCAGGUUUCUCACUAAGAAAAUCAUCAAAAAUAAAACAGAACAAAUGAAUGAAAAAUUGGAUAUCCUAGUUCAGUGGUGGAAAGAUGUCGUUCAAACGCCAUUUUUAAAAAGCGUAGAUAAAGUGAAAGGCGAAAAAACUCUCUAUUUGACAAAAUCACAGCAAAAAGUAUUAAAAAAACGAAAAAGUUCAAUGGAUGCCACUGAAACUGAGAUUUAUCCAUCUAACCAAUAUAGAGAGGAUCACGGUUUGACAGCAUAUUUUAAGAACUUAAAGAUGUCAUACGAUAAUAUACGCAAAGAAAUAAAAUGUAAAUACGACACAUUAACGGAGAAAAUGCCUGCUUUUAAAAACUAUUUAUUAGGACAAAGAAGAAGUAUGGCAUUUGAAAAUGCUAAAAAGGUCGAAAUUAUAAACGAAUACCAUACAAAUUUGGAAAUUGUAGAAGAAGAUAAUGGUGUCAGGCCUGAUUUAAAUGUGGAGAGAAUUAAUUCUGUACAAAAUAUAGAAGAAACACGUGAGGAACGUUACGUAACCGUGCAGAUUCCGAUAAAAACAGACAUGACGAUUUGUCUACCAAAUACUUGUACUAUAGAGGAGAUAUGUGAAAUAAGUAUUGAUAUGGAGCCAGAAUAUCCAGCAAAAUUGCGAAUAGAAGAAUGUAUAAUGAUCGAGGAAGACAAAUUUAUAACUCCUAGAGAUUUAAUUACAUCGGACGAAUCAUUGUUUCAACCAUUUCCUGAAAUCAAAUCGGAAGAGAGCAAUCACUUGAGUGAAAAUUUAAAUGAAUUACGACAAGUUGCUGAAAACGUCGUCGAGGAUGUUAUAAAAACAUGUUUAAGCGUUAUUAGAAAAUUUGAGGUGAAUAAAAACUCUGAAAUUUCGGCAAGUACAAUCCAAAGAUGGUGGAGGAAAAGUAAGAGCAAAGAAUUAUCACAAGAAAAAAUUGUCGUCAGAGAUAUUGAAAAAGAUUUUAGUAUAGAGUAUUAUUCAGAAGCUGUCAAUACAAUAUAUUUAUCAAAGACGAAAAACAUAAAAACUAUACAAUUCUGGUGGAGAAGGCGAAUGCAAAGGAAAAAAUAUUUACAAACAUUGUCCUUAAGAGUUUAUUUGCAGGCCUUAAUACGCGGAUAUAACGUCAGACGUUGUUUAAAUUUAUUAUCUAAACAAGUAUUAAAACUGGCAGCUAAAACAAUCAUAAGAAGGCAGGAUGAAAUUAAAAAAAUGUCUAUAGGUGAAACUGAAAUUAAAAUUAAAUCCAUAAAGAUAAUUAAUAGAGUUUAUACAUCAUCGGAAGAAAAGGAAAUAAAAAUCAUUCAAAACUAUUGUAGAUCGAUCAUUCAAAGAGGACAAUAUCGCAGAACAUUGUCCUCUAUUAUCCAUAUCCAAGUAUUUAUAAGGGGAUAUAUUCAUAGAUAUCACUUCAACAUUAUGGCUGAAAAAAUAAAACUUUUGGUAGCAAAGAAAAUUAUUGAGAAUUGGUGGAAGAAAAUUACAAAGAAAAGAGAAAUUAAUAUUCCUUUAACCUUAAUCACUAAACCGGAUGAUGUUUCAAGAGAAGAAUCACUCAGAGGAAAGUUUUAUGAAGAAAAUAAAGAGAAAGUAAUUAUGAUACAAACAUUGAUACGUUGUCAUUCAACUUGGCUCAGAUUGAAAUCUAGCGUUACUGAUAUGUUUCAUGUAAUUUUAUCGAUGAUGAAAGAUGAUGCUAUUUUAUCUCCUGAAGAACUGCUAGAUAAUGAAGAUUCGAAAAAUGACAAAAGUGAGACGUUAAAGUUAGAUGAAAAUAGGAUAGAAUUUCCUUCUGUAGAAAACAAAAAACUUCAAAUAAAUUUAACGAAUAUUAAAAAUGGAAAAUUGGAAAAUCGUGUUCCAAAAAUGGAAACUGAAAAUAAAUUUGAAUGUAAAAUUUCAGUAAAAUCGAAAGAAAAUCACGACGAAAAACAAUUAAAUAUGAAAGUGUCUAUUGGAAUCACAAGUCAGAUGGAAUUAUCGUCAUCCAGACUGGUAACAUUGUGUCCUAGAGAUGAAAAUAGAAAUAAUGUUGACCCGGAAGAACUCAAAGAAGAAAGUAAAGAACAGAAGCGUUUGAAUAAACAUUUACUUUUAACUUUCUACACGGAUAAGGCUGCAAAAACUAUUCAGAUUUGGUGGAAGAAGAAAUUACUAUAAUUAUUUGAAAAUUAUUAACGUGGAAAAUAUAUAAUUACAUUUGGAAAAUUAAUAAAAUAUAACAACUCUUAUAAAACUUCGUUUUUCGCUAAAAUAAAUAAUAAACUAUUUAAAGUGUAAAUUAGCGUAGACUGUAAUAGAUAAAUUCUCAUUACACAAAAUUUUAUAAUAAAUUAGUUGAAAAUUUUACAUCUUCAUCAGCUAAAUCUACAUUUUAGUGCUAUAUUUUAUCAGAGUAGUUAUUUCCGGGUUCAUGAACGAUGUGUUUGUACACUUAGAAAAACAAUUUUUACAUAGAAUAUUAAUCGUGUUAAUGCAUUUCAUUCAUAUAAUAGGGAACAAUAUUUAUAAAUUAAUAAUCUUAAAAUAUUUUCUUUUCUGACUAAAAUUAAUUGUAAGAAAUAUUUUGCAUUAAUAAAUAAAAGUUAA